AUGAACACUGUUUGCCCUGGCUGGUCUUUCGCUUCUAACCAUGCUGAUGACCCUGAUGGUCGGAUUAUUCUUAUCUGGAAAGGUCCCGUUCUGGUUGAUGUUUUGCACUCUUCUCGCCAAUCGAUGACUGUUAAAGUCUCCUGGCCGGGUAUCAGAGCCUUCUGCUUUACUGCUGUCUAUGCUGCCAAUACAAGUGAGGAGAGAAAUGAUCUCUGGAUCGAUCUGAUUACUCUCCAUUCUUCCUCUCUGAUUGGUUCCUCCCCCUGGCUGAUUGGGGGAGAUUUCAAUGAAAUCCUCCAUCCAUCUGAGCACUCCUGCCCAUCUGUUAACCAGUUCAGUUCAACCAUGAUUGACUUUAAGGACUGUUUGGACAAAAUUGAGGCUCGUAAUCUGCGAUACCAAGAAGAAAAAUUUACCUGGUCUAAUAAGCAGCCGGUUAACCCUAUUGCCAAAAAGCUAGACAGAGCCCUCAUUGAUGAGGAUUGGCUCUCCGUCUUCCCCCGCAGCUUUGCGAAAUUCCUGGCCCCGGAUUUCUCUAAUCAUGCGCCGUGUUGUAUCAGCCUUGAGAUUUCUCUGCCUGUGGCUGGCUCUAAGCCGUACAAGUUCUUCAACUACCUUGUCUCUCACCCGGACUUCCUUGAAACUGUUGCCCACGCUUGGAGUGUCACUCCUUCUGUUGAUCACAACCUCUCCUCUAUACUGUUCAAGCAGAAAUCUCUGCGAGUUGGCCUAGAAUCUCUUGACAAAGACAAUUUUUCGGAUAUUCAAAAACGAGUCAGUGAAGCUUCUGCCCUUGUCUCCUCCGCUCCGCUGAUUUCGCUUCAGUGUCCCUGCUCGAUCCACUUCCUGCAAGAGAGACAAGUCAUUGAUAAGCUUAAUAUGCUUAAAGGAAUCGAGGAAAAGUAUUUCAAGCAGAAGUCCCGCAUUAAUUGGCUUGCCUCCGGUGACCAAAACUCUGAUUAUUUUCACAAGGUCUGCAAAACAAGGAAUGCUUAUAACUCUGUCCUCUCUUUGGCUGGGCUUGAUGGUCAGAUUGUCUCCACUGCUGAAGCCAUUGGUUAA